AAAAAAGAAUCUGCUUUUCUUGUCUUCCUUUUAUUUUGUGGCCUUGAGAGCAACGACCACUUCCUUUUUAACUGCCAAUAUAUAUUUAACUAGCACAAAAAUCUUGAUUUCUUCGCUCUAAAAGACCACCUAUCUCUGUCACACAACUUAUGUCGUUCAUUUCUCUCUAAUCUAUGCUUGUGUAAUAAUACAAAGCGUAAAGGAAAGGAUGGAAGAGGAGAAAUAUGUGCCGGCAAGUUCUAUGCGGUACGGUGCGCGAAUCAUGUCGCCCGAAAUUGUGGAGAUAGGAGAAGACAUCAAGCCUAUUUCUAACAGCAUAGAUGGAGUCAGUCAUGAUGUUUAUGUAGCUGUUGGUAAAAAUGACACAGAUGUACUGAAGUGGGCUCUAGAUCAUGCUGUUUUACCUGGAGCUCGAGUUUUUCUAGUCCAUGUUUUUCCUCCUCUGACAUAUAUUCCUACACCAGUUGGAAGACUAUCUAGGAGCCAAUUGAGCCAAGAUCAGAUGAGAUUUUACAUUAAUGAAGAGAAUAACAGAAGAAGAAACCAUUUGCAAAAAUACAUUAGCCUGUGUGCCGAUGCCAAGGUGACAGUGGAUACAAUGCUCCUGGAGAGCAAUUCCACUGCCAAAGCUAUUCUAGAGCUCAUUCCCGUUCUCAACAUUAGACACCUUGUCAUGGGAACUAAACGCUUGCCUCGCUCAAGGCUACUAAGGAAGAAGCUGGCGAAAGGAGAAUUUGUGAAGAAGAAUGCUCCAGACUAUUGUGAGGUUAGUAUUAUUCAUGAAAGCAAGAAGAUCAUGGAUGGUCAGCAUGGGAUAGAGCCAGUUUCAUCCUGUCCCCAAAGACCUGAUGUCAUCCGCAACUCUGAAAAGAAGUUUUUCGAGCUUGCAUGCUUUUCAGGCAAGUUGAAGUGAAGAUUAUAUGUUAAUGUAUUGUGCACAAAUGGAUAUUGUAUGCAAAAUUAAGAAGCAGUUUAGUAUUUACUUAA